GAGACGCGAUGGUGCCAAGAUCGAGUUUCUGGAAAGUCCUUUUCAUAAUGAAGAGUGUAACGCCACCACAACACAGCGUUAUCAUGUGACGCACACGGCUGGCUUCACAGACACAGAUUAUGCUUGGUCCUGGACUAAAGUGAUUUGUAUUGAAAAUCUCCAUUUGAAAUUUAAUAUAGUAUCGGACUAGGCUUAAUCUGUGUCUUAUGAAAUUUACCCAUAAUGUCCCCUAUUUGGGACCAGGGGCUUGUAUCACAAUCACUGAAGUAAAAAGCAGUUCCAGGUUUUACUCGCUACCUCAGUAAUCCUGCUUUAUGAUACAGGACCCUGGGUUUGCAAAUCCAGCGUUCCUGGGUCUGCUCCCAUAUGGAAUACUUCAAAUGUACCCGAGAACAAGGUACUUAACGUGGGUUGCUUCAAUCAUUCAAGAUUAAAAUGAGAUAAUACAACUGUAGCGAAUCCACUAUACUCUGAAUCGGAUUGAAUGGACAAAAUGGAGUCAGACUGACUGAGGCACCGCCUUCCCUGUCCAGCUUCAGCAGAGUUCUCCAAACACCAAAGACAAAACGCCUUUUAAUAUGGCCGCAUAAUGGCACUUGGGGCGGGGUAGGUAAAGUGUUCAGGGAACAGCUUGCAUUCAUAAAAUGCAGUUCCUAUUCAUGCAGUUUGUGUGACCGUGUGACCGUACCUAGUUACUGUAGGUGGGUAUGUGGGUAAUGUAUUUAGAGAAUGCAAGUUCCCCUGGUGAAGGACUUCUGCAAAGCAAUGAGGUUAUAAUCUUUCAUCUUAGCCUUUCCCCCCUCCUGGCACUGCUGCUGCUGCCUGCUAAUUAUUUCACUUCAUUACUCCAGCUAGCAGUGCUCACUGUUAAUUAGUUGUCAUUUAUUAAUAUCUGUGUAAUUGCAUGUAAGGAGUUUUUAGUUUGGUUCCUUGACAGAGCUUUUACUCUCUUAAUUGCUGAAGUACUCUUCCACAUGAGUAUUUAGUAGUUUAUUCUGGGUCUUUCAGAGAGUAGAAAAGGGACCAGUUAUCACAGGGACCACUGUGGAUUCAGAUUCAGAAAACUUUAGAAAACUAAUGAUAAAGGCACCAUAGUCAAGAACACAUGAACAACAGACAGAUAUCUUUGCAAAAAAUGAAAUAAAAUGGUUGCUGCUCCUGCCCCCAUGUCUGCCUUUACCGCUCGUUCCUCCCCAUGGCUUCACCAGCUCUAGGUCUCAAAGAAUAACACCCCCAACACAGUCACACACACACAAAUAAGUACACUCACAGUCAAGUGCAUGUGCAUACACAGAAGAACAGGAACAUUAGCUCACAGACCUCUUUUCACCCCUCCACCACCGGCUCAGCUCCUGCAGUUUGAUUUCAGCAGCAGGCGGUCAUGAUUGGUGACAGAGUUCUACUGAUUAUAUCAGGCUUAGUGACGCAUAAUGUUACCGUCAGAGGGAAAACAUGUAAAUGGCGCCCCUCCCUCUAGCUGAGUCACGUGACCACAGGUUUACACUCAACCAAAACCACAGCUUCAUCAGAACUCUGCCCAGCCACAGGAACAUCUCUGCAGUUGACGCACACAACGGACCUUCUGCCAGUAAGCAGCUGCGUGUGCCUGCACUGAACAAGGCCAUGGAGGUUCCUGCCAAGGAGGGCCUUCUCCACUUGCAGUCGGUGAAGUUUGGCAAGAAAUCGUGGAGGCGGAUCUGGGCGAUGCUGUUCACGCCCAGCUCGUACGGUAUCGGCAGAGUGGAGCUGUACCAUAUGAGGGACGGCGGGGUUGGGAGUGCGGUCCCGGCCCAGGUCAAACAGGUGCUGAAGGGAGUGGACAAGCGCGUGAUUCGGCUAGAUGACUGCCUCAGCAUCUGCCCCAUCCCUGAGGAGGUCUGCCCUCGGGACUGCUCCGCCUUCGCCCUGAGCACCACCCAGCGCACCUACGCCCUGGCUGCCCCGCCGGCCGAUGACUGGAUGCCCAUACUCUGCCAAAUGGCCUUCCAGAAGAACAACAGGAACCUGGACUUAAAGAGCACGGGGCAGGUGGUGCCCAUGGCGGAGAAUGAGCUAUACUCCUCCUGGCGUUCAGGCCAGUACCAGGUGGUUGUGCAGAGAACAGAGGCGGCAGUAAGGUGUAACCUUGCUGGGUCCUACCUGCUAUCACCCAGCGCAGAGGCCCUCACCCUGCUGGACCCUCAGACAGCCUUGCCACUCUACUGCUGGCCCUAUCAGCUGCUCCGACGCUUCGGCAAUGACAAGGAGACAUUGAGUAUUGAGGCGGGCCGUCGCUGUGACUCCGGGGAAGGCCUUUUCACCUUCGUGUCCCGGGAGGCCGCUACGAUCUACAGGGCUAUUGAAGACGGCAUCAGGCAACAGAGCGUCACGGAUCCACAAAACGAUGCCUGGACUGUCCCAGCAGGUACCUCGGCUUCCAGGAGUGGCGUGCCCCUCGACGACAGUGACAGAGCUGCAUCCCCGGUCUAUCGCAAUAUGAACUACGGGAUGGAGAAGGAGAGGAGGUAUGAGGGGGAAGAAGAUGGCCUGGGUCCGGAGGCACAAGCCCAGCUGGUUACUCCCAGCUCCGAAUGCGUCUACGCCCUGGUGAACUACGACAAGGGAGGAAAGCAGCCCACUGACCCGACCAGCCCCACCUCCUCUGGCACAAGCGCCCCCAGAGUAAGCUUCAAGCAGAAACUCUCCCAACUCCUCUCCAAAGAGGGGACCAGAAUGCAGCCAAUCCAGCCCCCAAACCUGGAGUACUGACAGGAUUGAAAGAAGCAGCCAUUUUCACCAAUAUUCAGAACAAAGUUGUGUCUGUUUCAGUUAGCAAUAGUUUUACUUGAAAACUCUCAAACAUUUGAUUUGACAAACCUCAACUCUUAGUAUAUUGGUAAAAUGCUCUGCAGGUCCCUGGUACUUUUGCUAUUAAAACUGGGGGAGAAUAACUAUGUUAUUUUUAAACAUAUAAGGAAUCUCAACAGGAAAACUACUGAUUUUUAAAGGUGUAUUUCAGAUGAAGUAUUUGACUCUGGUCUGAUACUGACAUGCGCAAGGUGGUCUUUCAUGAUGGAUGCCAAAUACUGGACAGCCCAUAAAGCAUCAGAGCUUUGAGUGCUAGAGGAAGAACCAUCUAUUUAGUCUGCUUGCUGUGACACCCAGACGCCCUGUUCAGCUGUACCACCCAUGAUAAUGCAGAUAUCACACAGUAGGAUUUCAUCUUUUGACAGGAUGUGAACUUUCAUGAGUGGGACUGAAUGUACUAGUUUGUGUCUGUUUUUAUCUCUGGUUUUGACAUUUCUGUAAAUAUAUGCAUCUUCACAGCAAAAGUAAUUUUGAAAAAAGAUCUUUAAAAAAAGAGAAGUAUUUGAAUCUCCCAAUGCAAUUUCUGCAUUGCAUUCUGGUAUUAUCGGUCUCUUCUACUCUAGAAAUGUCUGCGAUCACAGAGAAAAUAAUGUUAAUUAAAUACAUUGCCAAAUAGCAUAUUAUUUUUGUACUUAACUUUUUGUACCUUUUUCAACAGGAAACAUGUGAGCUAAUUUGAAUUGAUCAGUCAGUAAAAUGCUGGAAAUAUUUUUUGAUGAUUCAAUUAUAAAUGAAUACUACGAGCCA